UUCCUUUCCUGUUUUCCACUUACCUUCUCUGCUCAGUCGACCCAGCCGCGCUAUGGGGAAGUGGAGCGGCUUUGCCGGGAGGCUGGGUCGCUGCUUGAGGUCGCCGUCCGAAGUACCCCGCCCGGCUCCCCUUUGGAGGGCUGCUUCCAACGCUGCACAGGCAGCUUCGAUCCCCCGGCAUGAAGAGCGGCUAAAGAGCCCGGAGGAGUUGCCCGGAACGGGGUCCCUUGGGACCCUCUAUUGGCUCUUCGUGAAAGGCUACUUGCUGCACAUGCACCAACUUCAGAUCAUUUCCAAGAAAAGGUAUGGCCCCAUAUGGAAAUCUGUUGUUGGUUCUUAUCUUAAUAUUAAUAUUGGAAGUCCUGAAAUCUUGGAGGAGCUGCUACGUCAGGAGGGAAAAUACCCAGUGCGGAGUGACAUGAGCCUUUGGAAGGAGCAUCGAGACAUACGGCACUUAUCGUACGGCCCUUUCACUGAGGAUGGAGAAAGGUGGCACCGUCUACGCCAGGUGUUGAACAAGAGGAUGCUCAAGCCUUCCGAAGCUUUGCUCUAUGCAGAUUCCAUCAAUGAAGUGGUGUCUGAUCUCAUAGUGUACCUUCAAGAUGAGAGAAGUAAAAGUUCCUCGGGAGUAAAAGUUGACGAUAUGGCCAACCUGUUGUACCGAUUUGCCUUAGAAGGUAUCUCCUAUAUUCUUUUUGAGACCCGCAUUGGCUGCCUAGAGAAACAGAUACCCACUGAAACAAAAAAAUUCAUUGAUGCUAUUGGAUAUAUGUUCAGGAAUUCUGUCUUUGUCACCGUCCUACCUAAAUGGACACGGAACAUGCUGCCUUUCUUUAACCGCUACCUAGAAGGCUGGGAUAUUAUCUUUGGCUUUGGAAAAAAACUGAUUGAUCAGAAGACUUUGGAUUUAGAGAAGCGUCUGGAACAGGGUGAGGAAGUUUCAGGAUACUUGACAUACUUGCUUACCAGUGGGCAACUUAGUCAUGAAGAGAUAUAUGGAAGCAUAGCAGAGCUGCUAUUGGCUGGUGUUGACACGACAUCCAAUACUCUGUCUUGGUGCUUGUACCACCUGGCUAGAAACCCAGACAUCCAGGAAGAUUUAUACCAGGAAAUAGCCAAUGUGGUAUCCCCAGACCAAAUUCCUGAAGCCAAGGUCAUCAACAAGAUGCCUCUGCUUAAGGCGAUAAUUAAGGAGACUCUCAGGCUUUAUCCGGUGGUCCCCACCAACGCACGGAUUAUUGCAGAGAAGGAAGUUGUCAUUCAAGGAUACCAGUUCCCGAAGGAUACCCUCUUUGUGCUGGCUCACUACGGCAUCUCGCAUGACGAGGCCAACUUCCCGGAGCCAGAACGCUUCCUGCCACACCGCUGGUUGCGAGACCGGAGAGAGGUGUCUCCUCACCCUUUCAGUUCCAUUCCCUUUGGUUUUGGAGUCCGUGCUUGUGUAGGGCGUCGCAUUGCUGAACUUGAAAUGCACCUGGCUCUGAUCCGGAUAAUCCAGAAGUUCUUGAUCAGACCAGACCCACAAUGCACAGAUGUGAAGCCUCUCUCCCGUAUUGUGCUGGUGCCAGACAAGCCUAUUAACCUGGAUUUCCUUGAGCGACACACAGUGCUUUAAUGCUUUAUUCAGCCCGAGAGUCUGCAGAGAAUCUGCUCUGGGAUGGAGAUUGUGUCCUGGAUGGUCUACUGACAUAGUGUUUGAGGUGCUCCGUUCUUCAGGUGCGAUUCAGUCUAAAGGGUGUCCCUCUUACCUGUACUAGUGGACUUUCUAUGGACAGCUCACCAGAAGCAACAUUUGCAGCCUUUUGAGGCUUCCCUCAAAAGUACACCCAUAAGGUUGAUUGCCAGCAUCCCGCUUUCCCAUUCCUGGGCUUCCAAUAAUCAGUGGUCAAGCUUAGAAUAAAGCCAAGCUAGGUCACCUUGGGCUAGCCACGUUCUCCCUCAGCCCUAAGACAGAGACAAUGGCACAUCACUUCUGAAAAACCUUACCAAGAAAACCAUAGGGGCUUUUCCAGGCGAUUUCUGAGAAUGUGACACAACUGAAUGAAAAAACAACCCCCCCGUUGCUUCAGCCAAUUAAAAAUCCUCUUUGGAUGGGAGGAGGCCUUCUUGCCUUCAAUUCUACAUGCUCCCUCCUUUCAGAGAAGUGUAUGUAGGAUGUGCGGUUCGUUCUAUUGCCUCAAGCGAAACCAAAGAAAAAGGAAAAAAGGAAGAAAACAAAAAACAAGAAAGUCCAGUUGCCUCCUGAAAAAGCACCUUUGGGACUAUUGCCACAUAAUUCCUUAGAUAUUUGAAAAUGAUGUAAUCUAAUUACUCCAAACUGGAAGCAGAGAUGAGAGCCUAAACUGCACUUCAAACAGCGGGAGUUUAACUUCUUCCCUGGAUUUUGUACACUUGAGUGCAAAUUUCAGAAGGGAAGAUACCAUUACACUUUCAGGCUUUCUCCAUGUUCACGCUCCAUAUAUGAGUGCCAGGGAAGAUCUUAUACGAGUGCCAUCUUUGCAGGCUACCAAGAAUUCCUGGAGAAGUUGGCAAUCAUUGGUUCAGAGGCUGUGGUUUUUGCUUCAUUAAUGCAGUCAGAGUACAGGUACAUUUAUUUUAAUAUAAAAAUAGCCAGAAAAGAACAUAAGAUGACAUAUGAAAUAAACAUACUAAUUAUAACAACUAAUAUAAUUAAUAUUGCUUGUGGAAUGACUGGAAUUAUCCAAGGAAAAACACUCUUUUUUGGCUGGAUGCUAUAUAAAUGUAACAAGGACAACUCAGAUAUAAUUCUUAUUGUAUAUUCAAACCAGGAUGCUACGUAUAUAGCAGGCAGAGUUGGGGGUUAGAGAUUCAAACAUACAGUCGGCCAUGAAGGGGACUAGGGUAAGUCUUUCAGCUAAAUCUCCAUCACAAAUGCCUGAGAAUAAAAUUUGCUUCCACACAGGUUUCCUUGUAGGAAAAAAGAUGAAAAUAUAUAUAAAUUAUGAAGUAUAUUAUUAGUGGGAAAUACGCUUACCUGAUUUCUAAGAAGCCUCUACAAAUUUGUCCACUAGCAAG